AUGCAGAGUUGCAUCACAUUAAAUCAAGAAGAAUCUAAUCUAAUUUAUAACAGUGAUCCAGAGAUCGAUCCAUAUGCUAAUGAGCCUAUUGACAUUGCUCAAUAUAACAUAGGAGAGCCCAUAAUAGACAGUCCAUCAAUGAGAGAACAAUAUGACGAAUUGGCUAAACGAUAUACAGCGUCAGAGAGAAUGCCACAUAUAUUUAACAAACUCUAUGAGAUCUAUGUACUCAACAUCUGUACAAGUGAAUUAGAAAUAGCUCUAGUUCAAUCGUUGUUCGAUUAUGAAAAUCCACGCUCCUUGGCUAUGUAUCUGCAUCAUGAGCGAAGUAUUGGUACUCAUCUAUUUUGUUCGAAUACUCUUCCUAAUAGCAAUAUUGUCGAUUAUUUGAAUCAAAACUUUGUCUUAUGGGUCUAUGAUCGAACCGAUGAUGUUGAUUAUAAAUCCCUCCAAACAACAAUACAACAAUGCAUUGGCGAUUCUAUCGUUCAAGAAUUGAGUCUAUUCAAUAUUGAUGCCUAUCCAUUACUUAUUUGUUUAUCAUUUCAUUUGGGCAAUUUUCCUAAUGAAUUAUUCGUUCAAAUCUUCUCUUAUUUAACUUCUAUUGAUACAAUUAUUGCAUUUUCAAAUCUGAAUAAUCACUUUCAAUGUUUAGUUUUUACAUAUUGUCAAACAUUUGAUUUGAUAUCAAUAAACAAGAAGAAAUGUGAUUUUAUUUUUCAAUUUCAUGAGACAAAUCAAUGGAAAUCAUUACGCAUACCUAAUAAUGAUCAAAGACCAUUUUGGAUUGAUUAUUUUAUGGAAAAUUAUUUUUCUAUUAAGAAUUUUUCUCAAUUACAAACAUUAUCUAUUGGACAACUGAACGGUAGAACUCAACAGUUAUUCUUUUCUCUACUUCCAUCUUUAAUAAAUUUGAUUUCUUUGUCAAUUGAUUCUCUAUGUGGAAAAGAGAUAUUACCAUUUGAUUUACCAAAACUUCAAAAAUUCGUUUUUGGUUCAUGUGAAAAUAUAGAUUGGAUUAAAAACUUUUCUCGAAUUGAAACAAUCGAAUAUACAAUAAAUCAUUUUUGUGAAAAGAAAAAUAAAUUAAUAUGGCCAUUAACAAUAAAAAAUCUAAAAAUUGUUUUUAUGGUUGAUACUGAUUAUUCAUUAAUAUUAGAUUCUCUUGUUCAUUUAUCUCAAUUAAUUACUCUUGAAAUUUAUGAAAUGCGAAUAGGAAAAGUACCGUUGAACGGUCAAAGAUGGGAAGAUCUCAUUCGUUCAUCAUUUCCAUUAUUAAAAACAUUUAAAUUUUAUUUUAUAUUUCGUUCAUUGACAUCACAAGAAUUGAAACGACUAAUAGUCUCAUAUUCAACACCAUUCUAUAUUAAAGAAAAGCAAUGGUUUGUUUAUUGUAAUAUCUUUGCUAAUUCGAAGAAUAAUCGAUAUGGAAAACUUGGCAUAUUUUAUACAUUGCCAUAUCCUAUGGAAACAUUGACAAUUUAUAAAAAUUCUUUUAAGAAAACCAUUUCAAAUUUACCGAUUAAUAAUUAUUUUAAUAUCUAUGCAAAUAUUAAAACGUUAAUAUUUGAAAAUUAUAUCACACCGAAUCAUAACUUCAAUAAAACUAAAAUAAUCAAUUUAGUAAUUAAUACUCAAUUCGAAUCUAUUUAUUGGUUACAUGCCUUAACUAAAUUAGAGCAAUUACAUAUUGAUCUUUUUGGAUUUAUCUCUAUGGAACAAUUUCAAAUUCUAUUAGAUAAUGCACCUUAUUUAUAUUUAUUAUCUUUGAGAAAAAGUCAAUUGAUAAGAUUGACAGAUAACUGGAAUGAUGUUCAUAUAUGUAAUCAUUUGUCACAAAAGGUUCGUGUUUUAAAAUUACAUUCAUAUAAAAAUCCACUAGAAUGUCUGAAUAGACAUGAACUUGAACGAAUACUGCCGAUUUUCGAAACCAAAUGUGAAUAUUUAUCAUUGGGUCUUCAAACCACAACUAAUACAAUCGAUUAUAUUUUAUCACGAAUGUCUGCAUUGAAUUAUUUACAUGUAUUUGUUCAUGAAAAAUUUCGCUUACCAAUAACAAAAACACUAACAAUGGAAUGGUUAGAAAAACAACAAACUCAAUUUAAUCAUUCAAAUUGCAUUAUCAUCAACAAUGUACAUGGAAAUUAUUUUUGGUUAUAA